CGGCAGGAAUCGGAGGCUGUGGAAUAAACUGCGAAGAGAGCAUCCUCCUCCAUCUCUGUGAAAAGGGGAAGCAGGUGCGGCCGUUUGAGCAAGCGAGAAAGGACAACAGUGAUGCGGCAGCCGAGGUGGGCCCAGAUUGAUGAUUUUAUGAUAUCAUCAUCCACCGCCAGGACCGAUCACUGAUUUUUAUUUUUUUCUAUUGAUAAGCAAACCAUCAUCUUCGAGGACGAACCGACCUGGGAUCCGUGUGUUUGUUUUUUUUUGUUCCCCACCUGGAUAACAGUAGCAGGUUGAUCGGUGCUUUUAUUGCAGUGGUUUCUUUACAUGAUCAAUUAUAGAAAUAAAUAUCCCAAAUUUAGGCCCAUGACUUGAGUGUGUGUGACGCCAUACAGCAGCAGCAGCAGCAGCAGCAGCAGCAGCAAAGAGGCGUGUGUGUGUGUGUGUGUGUGUGUGUGUGUGUGUGUGUGUGAGAGAGAGAGAGAGAGAGAGAGAGAGAGAGAGAGGAGACGCGCCUUUGACUGAGCAUCAUCUGGUAGCCUAGCUGUGGGCUACUCCUCCACGGGGAUGAUACACAAGCGAUUUUUCAUCUGUGCGUGAAAAGAAGAUUCAGGGAUGCUGCUGAUGUUGCUGCUGCCAUUUCCUGUCCGGCUCUGAUAGAUAGAGACAGCGAGGCGGCGCGCAUCACAUCACGGGACUGGACACCCAGAAAAUAUCUUUCCUUACCUCUCCUCUGCCUCUGCACCCUUCUUUCCCUCCCUCCCUCCCCCCCCCAUUCCUUCUCUCCUCCUCCCCUCUUCCUCCACCAAGCAACAAUUCGGUGCGUUUAUUCAGUCCGAUCCAUUGAUAACCCGUCUGUGAUUCAGAAAAGCCAUCCACCCCCUCCUUCAUCCUCUCCUCCAUCACCCUCUUAAGCACCUCUUCACGGCCCUCUAACGCGUAAAGAGACGCACCACCCUCACCACCAACACCACCACCGCCACCACCUUCGCAUCACCACCGCCUCGGGCAUCAUGGAGACGACCAAGCUGCCUCCGACCAGCCCGUCCUCGCCGACCACCAGCUUCUCGGUGCCCUCCGCGGAGAAGGUGGACGGCUUCCCACGGAGGUCGAUGCGCAGAGCCCGGCAGAGGAGGUCCCACAGCUCGUCCCAGUUCCGCUACCAGAGCUCCCAGGUGGAGCUCACCCCGCUGCCCCUGCUCAAAGACGCCCCGGUGGCAGAGUUACAUGACCUGUUCUGUAAGAAGCUGCAGCAGUGCUGCGUGCUGUUUGAUUUCCUGGACUGCGUGGCCGACCUGAAGGGGAAGGAGAUCAAACGUGCGGCACUCAACGAGCUGGUGGAGAGUGUGGCCACAAGCAGAGGAGUCCUCAUAGAGCCUCUGUAUCCAGAGGCUAUAAAGAUGAUCUCUGUAAAUAUCUUCCGGACUCUCCCACCCAGCGAGAAUCCAGAGUUUGACCCAGAGGAAGAUGAGCCCACACUUGAAGCCUCCUGGCCACAUCUGCAGCUGGUGUACGAGUUCUUUCUGCGUUUCCUGGAGAGCCCAGACUUCCAGCCCUCCAUGGCCAAACGCUACGUGGACCAGAAGUUUGUCCUGCAGCUCCUGGAGCUGUUCGACAGCGAGGACCCCAGGGAGAGGGAGUACCUAAAGACCAUCCUGCACCGCGUCUAUGGAAAACUACUGGGCCUCCGAGCCUACAUCCGCAAACAGAUUAACAACAUCUUCCUCAGGUUCAUAUAUGAAACUGAGCACUUCAAUGGAGUCGCGGAGCUUCUGGAAAUCCUCGGCAGCAUCAUAAAUGGCUUCGCCCUGCCUCUGAAGGCUGAACACAAGCAGUUCCUGGUUCGGGUUCUCAUCCCAUUACACACGGCGAAGUCCCUUUCCAUCUUCCACGCACAGUUGGCCUACUGUGUGGUGCAGUUUAUGGAGAAAGAUGCUACAGUGACUGAAUAUAUCAUCAGAGGGCUGCUCAAGUACUGGCCUAAAACCUGCACGCAGAAAGAGGUGAUGUUCCUGGGAGAAAUCGAGGAGAUCCUGGAUGUUAUUGAGCCGUCUCAGUUCAUCCGGGUCCAGGAGCCUCUCUUCAAACAGAUUGCCGCCUGCAUCUCCAGCCCUCACUUCCAGGUAGCGGAGCGGGCUCUUUACUUCUGGAACAAUGAAUACAUCCUCAGUCUGAUAGAGGAGAACUGUCAAGUCAUCCUGCCGCUCGUCUUUGCCACCCUCUACAGAGUCUCCAAGGAGCAUUGGAACCAGACCAUCGUGUCCCUGAUCUACAACGUGCUGAAGACCUUCAUGGAGAUGAACAGCAAGUUGUUUGAUGACCUCACUGCCUCCUACAAAGUGGAGAAACAGAAGGAGAUGAAGCGGGAGAGGGAGCGUGCAGAGCUGUGGCAAGGUCUGGAGGAGCACCAGGAGCGCCGGAUGCAGAUGCUCACAGAGGCCGCCAGGAACCAGCGCAACCUCCAGGAGCGAGGCGAGAGAGGGGACCUGCCUACCCCUUCGUCCCCGCAGACGGCUCCCUCCGACCAGCCGGAGUCCAAGACCAGUGGGGCCUCCUCUUCAGGAGCAGGGGAGAGCGCCACCUAGGUGUUGCUCUACUGAAUACGGGAUAACACAAGGGGUUUGGGGACAGGGAGAAGACACGAGGUUGAUGAUGAAGGUGUUGGGAGUGUUCAGAUACAAAAAAAAAUGAAAAAAAGGUACAUAACAAAACCGCUGUUCUUUUAUCUUGUAUCAUAGAGGAGGUGGCUUUUUGUCAAAGAGCGCACGGGCUCAGUGAUCCCAGGUAAAAAAACUUUUUUUUUUUGUCCUGACAGAGUUGUGUGAAACUGGUUCACUUUUUUGCUGUACACACAUUAUUUUGCAGAUCUGAAGAUGAAUAUUGUCCAGAGGUGCAGGUCCCGACCCUUCAAACUAACGCCGGGUUUCUUAAGCUGCGGGUCAGUGCCCCAAAAAAAAAUUGGUAGCUGGCCUGCUUCAAAUCGAUCUCAAAAUAGGAGCUAGAACUUCUCUGAACACGGAACCCGGGUUCAACAUGUGUCCAACAGAUCGAGUCCGGGUCUGCACCAAAUCGCGAUCGUAUUCGUCUUCGGGGUCCGAGAUGCUUAUUUCAUGCGUGGAUAGCACAAUCCAUUAACAAACGAAAAGAAGCAAUUUCACACAAAUGUCCCCCGAACUAUCGCCGCACCGACCAGACACACUAACCGUCGCACGCACACAGACAGCAGGUACAUAUUUACUGUAAAUAUGAAGACAGAGCUAACGAGAGAUAACGUGUAUCCAGGUCAUGCAAAAUCUCACACGCUAAUAAUCAACUGAUGCACCGAGAGACAUGCUCACAUACAUAAACACUCGCACACAGACACACGUUAAAAACACACACACACACACACACAGCUGGUUCUGGCGCUAACUCCUCUCCCAUUCUGUCGGGUUCCACCAAAGGACGAGCCUAAAGUCCCUCAAGGUUAAAUAACCACUGAUGAUGAUACUGAUAUAAAGUACAAUACUGUUCCUUCUUCUUACUUGUUACUCUACUACUACUACUCUACUCUACUCUAAGUACUACUGAUGAUGACGAUGAUGAUGAUGACGACGAUGACGACGAUGUUUUUAUAUAUAUACAUAUGUCUCUGGAUAUUUCUGUAGUGUAUUAUGGGAGAAACACUAGUGUAGCAGAAACCACCAAGGGGAAGUCCGGCUCAAAUUCACAUCACAUGUUUAAAGCGUACGAGGGCCGUAAUGUGGAUGCUGGAAUUCAGCGGUAUUCCCCUUUAACAGACCUUAAAACGAGGGAAGGAAUGAACUGGAUUAGCAGGUUUUUUCUUUUUCUUUUUUUUGUUGGUUGAAAAAUUGGGGGAUCUUUGUGGUGCGGGGGAUGUGUAUUCAAAAGGGAAAUCUCACUGAAAAUCCGUUAAAAACAUUCCAUGUUUAAAAAAAUGUUCUUUCAAAAAAAAAAAAAAAAGAAAAAAGCCCUGUGGAGAGCGGAGUUAUGUUUCGACGCGUUUCCUGCCAAAACAACUUUUGUUUGUGUCUAUCCUCGACAAAUCUUCUGAAUGUAUUUCUUUUUUUUCUUUUUAAGUGAAUUUGUUCAGCCACCGUUUUGAAAUGUUUACAUUCAUGCUCUCCUUGCUCUAAAUCGUCAUCUUUCCAGCCGUCGUCGGUAUUACGCUACAUUCUAUGCACGUUAAAAGCCACGAGCUGUUGUUGGAUUGAAUAGCCUCAAACACACAGGAGAAUGUGAAUCAUAUUGCCCCAUGUUCUCCUUCAAGUUUAACGUCAAUGCGCUGGUACAAUUACAAAACACAGGGAACCUGCUGAUAGAAACAUUCCUCCAGAGUGCCACUGGGGGGGGGGAAACUCCACAGGGUUCCUUUAAUUUGGAUGCUUUGAUGAUUUGUUUUGGGCCAAAAGUUUGACAAAUGUCCUCUGAAGUAGACUCCAAGCUUUAACCAAAAAUGUAUACAGACUUGUAAAACUCAGCGUAAAAGUUACCAGAGGACAAAAAAAAACAUGCACCACAAUAAUUUGGGACGAAAAGAAAAACCCAGUAAUCCAGUUGGAUUUCUGAACCCUGAAGCGUCUGUUCCUUUAGGCUCAGCAGACCUCAUGCUGCUAGAUGGGCGUCUAUGACGAUGAAAAACCCUUUCCGGCGUGAACCAACAACAAUCCGUUUAUUCUUGUCUGAUCAUUACGGUAGAGUGAUGGGAUUUAAAAAAAAAAAAAAAAAAAGAGGUGGGGGGAAAAAAAACUAAAAAAAAAAAAAAUUAUUUUAGCAAUAUUUUCAUUCUUUCAGGAUACUCUUUGUGGUUUUAGGGGGUUAAACAGGAAGUGGGUGUCACACUCAAAUGUUUACCCCCCACUCAUGUUUUUACUCCUGUUGCGUCCUUGAUAUUCACAUUGUCUUAAGGGUACUUUCUGUGUACAUUGAUUUGAUGAAAAACGAUCUUUGCUUUGUAAUUAUGUUGUUUUUUUCUUCGUGUUCUUUUUGUAUGAUCUUGUUCAUUUUGUGGAAAACUGAUACUGAUGCUAUUUAUUUUCUAUUUGAUCAGGAAAUGUAACCUUAUUUGAAGAUGAUGGUCAGGUUGUGUGAGUGUGUGUGUGUGUGUGUGCGCGUGUGUGCGUGUGUGUGUGUGUGCAUGCGUGCCUGAGUGAAUCAGUGAGCAGGAGAUGUGUGUAGACAGAGCGAUAGAGAACGAGAGACUACAGUUCUCUCUUUGUUCCUUUUUCUCUCUCUCUCCUUCUCUCCUUCCCGAGGGACAGGGUUUGAAUCCGAAUGUAUCGUUAAACGAUUUGAUUGUGUUUUCUUUUUUUCUUUUUUUUAUUACAUUGAGACGCAGAGCUACCUGUCGGCUGCUUCGUAACCAAACGUUCAAAAAAAAAAAAAAAACCCUUCAAAUCAGCAGUUCCCAAACCCUCACUCUGAAUCAUGCCUGAGUCAACAAGGUUGUGAAACCCAUUUGAUUUGCACCUCUAAGAUUGGCAUUUCACAUUUAAUGAGUACUAAAGCAUCCCGGGAAGAGUCAUUCAUCUGACAGCAAUGCAUUUCUGUGCCCUGCCCAGAUUGGAGUUUUUCCUCUGGAGGAUUUCAAUUUGAACGACUUGUUCUGAUGCUACUCGGGCUUUCGGGCUGCUGUUACACCUAAUCCGCCUUCACUGAUCUGUUUUUUUUUUUUUUGCUUUCUUCAAACAUUGACACUGUAGCCGUAGCUUUCCAUUUAAUUGCAUUGGCAGUUGUAACAUCCAGGUUCUACAUUUCCACGUUUGUCAGUCAAAACACGCGUCACAUUUGUCGAGCUUGAAAACAGUAGGAAAGAAAAAUUCCACUUACUAAAUAGCUUUGAAACAGUUGGA